UAUAUCUACAUAUGUGUGUAUAUCAGUAUAUGUAUGUAUAUAAAUACAUGAUGUUAUAUAUGUACAUACAUGUUCACUCAGUAAGUUCCCCAUACUCUCCCUGUAGAGUAUCAGUUUUCACAGCUUUAUACCGUAAGACUUCUCAUACAGCAUGGUGGAAAUUUGGACGCCUGUACGUGUCCGGUGGUGGGGGUCACUUUCAGGUCGUAGUCUCAGAGGCAGUGGCCACAGGAGCAAAUAUUGGAUUAAAAUUCCCUCUCCUUGGUUAUUUGAGCAGCAGAAGGACAGACAGGAGGAAGGAGACGGCAGCUCCACUCCCUGGUCCCUGGUCCUUGGUCCCUGGUGCCUGGUCCCUGCCAGCAGCUUAACAGCAGCACAGGCAGCAGAUUCUUUUUCUUUUUCUUUUUUUUGGUCCCCUUCAGGCUUCUAUAGAGUUGGCAGGUGCACGUUUCAUGUGGCGACUGAGCCGACUGCAGGUACAAACAACUAUUCACGGCAAGAAAAAGAACAACAAUACCAUAUACUUGUUGAUAGUAAACUGAGUUGACUUCUUUAACACAACAAUGUAUGAGUAAAAUCUAAGACUAAAGUAUAUUUCACUAAAUAUUCCUGCUUCAUAAACAUCAGAAUCAGCUUUCUUGGCCAAAUAUUCAAGCACAUACCGGGGGAGUUGAGUCCACUUUUCCUUCUGUUACUCUCGCAUAUUUGACCUAUUUGGAUGAAUGUUAUGGAAACAAAGGAAGGAGUAGAUUUGUUGAAUCGAGAGCACGGAGUUCGCUUUUACGUUUUGUUUUUUUUUCCUUUUUCUGACUGUUGCAAUUAAAACCAUAAAAGACAUGGAAAAGUAGUGGCGUUAGAAAAUUCAAAUGUUAAUGCCCUUUAGUUAUAUUAAACUGUAAGCUUUUUGAUACUAUAUAAGGGUCUGGAAAUAAAUGAAAAUACUAAUAAUAAUAAUAAUAACGGGGUUUGGUUCAUUUAAAAAAUAAUCUGUGCAAAUUUAAAGACAUUUAAAGGCAAUUUGCUAAUGUCUGUCCUACUCUGUGUGUAUUCUUUCGUAUCGUAUAUCGUUUGUACGGUUUUACAUAAGUGUAAAAAGUGGUUGUACUCUACACUCGGGAGUCCCUGCUGGCAGCGUGUCACUUUAAAUUCCAUAAUUAACAUAACACAGAGUAAGCUCGACAUCAGGGGGCUCGGCUCCCACGGGCGUAUUUCCGGUGGCGUCUCUCGGUUUCCAUGUAUUAUUUAAGAAAGGACCAAAGAACUCCGUCGCCUCAGACCCGCUGCCCGGUGACGUCACCAAACUUAUCCGAACCGCUGCUGAGGAGAGAGAGGCAGAAGAAGAGGAGGAGGCGGAGGAGAGGGAAUGUGGCUCCCGCUGCUGCUGCUGCUGUUGCUGCUGUUGCUGCACGGUGCUCUGAUUUUCGCUCGUUCUCGGGGCUUCUUCGGGAUUUUACCAGCAACAGAGUGCAAUAUUGGCAGAACCUCCAGAGAGUCAUUGGAGACGCACAUUUUUCCACUAUGAACCGCGCCUUCAACAGGAAAAAAGAUAAGUCCUGGAUGCACACCCCGGAUGCACUGGCCAAGCACUACAUCCCCUACAAUGUCAAGUUCCUGGGAAACACAGAGGUGGAAUCACCCAAAGGCACUGAGGUGGUGAAGGAUGCAGUCAGAAAGUUGAAGUUCCAGAGACACAUCAAAAAGUCCGAGGGCCAGAAGACCCCAAAGGUGGAACUGCAGAUCUCCAUUUACGGCGUGAAGAUCCUGGACCCCAAGUCUAAAGAUGUGCAGCAUAACUGUCAGCUCCACAGGAUAUCGUUUUGUGCCGACGACAAAACCGACAAGAGGAUCUUCACCUUCAUCUGCAAAGACUCCGAGUCCAACAAACACCUGUGCUACGUGUUCGACAGUGAAAAGUGUGCCGAGGAAAUAACUCUGACCAUCGGCCAGGCCUUCGACUUGGCCUAUAAGAAGUUUCUGGAGUCCGGAGGCAAAGACGUGGAGACGAGGAAACAGAUUGGGAAUCUUCAGAAAAGAAUUCAAGAACUGGAGUCGGAAAACUCUGAGCUGAAGAAACAGCUCCGGGAUCUGGAGGAUCAGCUGAUGAUUCCUCACGUUCCAGCGGCUGGAAGCGUUUCCACCAAACCACAAUCCACGGACAUCUUCGACAUGGUCCCCUUCUCCCCGGUGCCACCGCUGAUGCCCACGGCAGCCAGUAACGGCUGCCCCCCCCCCCCCCCCCCCCACCCACCCACCACGUUACCACCAGACAUAAGUAAGGACUUGUUUGGUGCGGAGCCUUUCGAUCCGUUCACCUGCGGGGCUGCUGACUUUCCUCCAGACAUUCAGUCCAAGCUGGACGAGAUGCAGGAGGGGUUCAAAAUGGGACUAACACUAGAGGGCGCCGUCUUCUCCCUGGACCUGCUGGACGGUCGCUGCUGAUGCCAAAAAUGCUUUUCGUCAUGUGUUUUUAUCUGGUUUUAAUCAAAGAAAGUGCCGGAAUCCACUGAACUGUCGAGUCAAGAAAACUUUCACGGUUUUCGUCCUCGUGUUUAUAUGCAUUUAAUUUUUUUUUUUUUUUUCCAAAUAUCUCAAAUGGGGGAAAAAAAC